UACUCACAGCAUGACUUACAAGUCUUUCCGUCAGGUACUGUUCUUCGCCGCCCUCGUGGCCGCCACCUUCGCCAGUCCUCAGUAUGGCAACCCCAGCCCAGUGGAUCCUCCCAGGUACGACUUCAACUACGUCGUGAAUGACUACAACGGCAACGACUUCGGUCACCAAGAAUCUCGUGACGGCUACGACACCCAGGGCAACUAUUACGUUCAGCUUCCCGACGGUCGUCUUGAGAGAGUAAAUUACUACGUCAACGGCGACUCUGGCUUCGUAGCUCAAGUUGAGUAUGAGGGCGAGGCCCAGUACCCCGCCUACCAGCCCUCACCCUCAUAUGGGCCCUCACCAUCUUACCAGCCUGAACCCAGCUAUGGCUAGUCUGUUGAAUUAUGUUGUACAUUUUACUUAUUUUAACUGUAAUUAUAAUGCCAUAAAGAACAAUGCUUA